AAAGACCAAUCUGACCACUCCAAGAUCCGUCCUUCUCAUUCAAUCUUGUUCAGUUCUGACGGCUACCAGUUCAGUAUUUCUAUCAUCCAAACCACAUGUCCUAAAUACUCCAUUUCCGCGAUGCGCUGGGCGCCACUCGUCCAUCGUCACCCAUCCUUCCGACACCAUGCCUUUGGAUGCCAACGAGAAACACUCAAUAGGCCUCGCUCGCGAUAGACCGCAAAAUCAGAGCCACUCGGACUUCAACAACGAAGAUGUUCAAGAUUCAUGUCGAAUAUGCCGCGGUGAGGGGACUGCAGCCCAACCCCUCUACUACCCGUGCAAGUGCAGUGGUAGCAUAAAAUACGUUCACCAAGAGUGUCUGAUGGAAUGGCUGUCUCAUUCUCAGAAGAAAUAUUGCGAGUUAUGCAAGACAUCUUUCCGCUUCACCAAGCUCUACGAUCGUUCUAUGCCCGCCAAUCUACCCAUCCCUCUCUUUGUCUCUCAACUCUGUCGUCAUGGCAUCACUGCUUUCUCUCGAUACGCUCGUUACCUAGUGGUCGGCCUCAUUUGGACCUGCUGUCUGCCCUGGUGCAUUCGACAAAUCUGGCGUGGUCUGUUUUGGCUCGCCGAUGGAAAUUGGCUCGACGCUGACGAUACCUAUACCGCUCUCGUCAAUACGACCAACACUUCUUCAUCCUUUGCCACUCCGACCUCAAACCCAGUGGUCUCAGACUUCAACAUUCCGCCAUCCUUCGAGAACGUCAAAUUUGUCCUACCCCCUAUGCAGUUCUCCCUCGCCGAUGUCGCUCGACUGCUCACCAGCCAGGGUCUGAUUGGUAGACUGCUUCAGCUCUUCCUAUCACUCAUCCUACCUGGCUCUGGACAAGCCACCGGUCCGCCUGGUGCAUCAGACUCACCCUAUCAGUCUUUCCGUCCUCCCUCGCUUUUAUCCGAAGUUCACUUUAUUGCACACUGGUCCACCUCCUCGGCCAUAAACAAUGCCACCAUUGACAUCGUUGAAGGACAGCUGAUCUGCAUAUCACUCGUCACUGCCUUCAUCCUCGUCUUUUUGAUCCGCGAAUGGGUCAUUAACCAGCAGCCCAAUUUAAACAUUCCAGAUGCCGAUGUAGUCGAGCAUCAAAACCCCAUUCCACCACUUCAGCCUGCAGAUAACCCCCCCGCCCGCCAGCCUGGCCGACCAAGGGCUCAUCCUCGCCGUGGAAACCCUCAAGAUGGUGCUGGUGGGAGAGCUGAUGGAGAACUUGCUGCCCGCCCAAUUGCCGUCCCACGCGCUCGCCGAGCUCUUACAGACGACAACAUUACCUUCGCCACCGCUCCCGGAAGUGACGUUGAGAGUCUUCAUACUCUCCAUCGAGCUGAAAGUACCCCGCCAACUUCAGCAGACCUUGUAGAUCGUGAAGGCUUUGGUGAACUAGAUUCCAGCUCUCUCAACUCGGAACACUUUAUGUUUGCUCAGCAGACUCCCAACAAUUCCAUCCUCGUCCAGAGUCAGUUUGAAGUUAUUCAUGACGAUGCAGAGGGUGAACAUCCCAAUCCUUCAAUGCCCCAUUCCCGAACAGACGACAAUGUCGGAUUCGGGCAAUCUUCUGCUCACAGUGCUCCAGACGACCGUGAUUCAAAUAUCAACCGGUCCGUUCUGGGAUUGGACAACUUGUCAUUACAUGAUGAAAGAGCCUUACAAGCCCAGGAUAUUGUGUAUGGCACCAAUUUCGAGACCGCUGUUCCAACCCCUGCGGACGUGGGCUCAGAUGAAGCAUUGGUCCCGCCUGCUGGUUCUAGCAACAACGAUAUCGACACGAUUACUGCCGCUUUACCCCUCGAACCUCGCGGUCCGGACAGCCCCAGUUCAUCCAUCGUCGUUGCCACCCCGGCCCGCCUGGAGGAUCCGAUCGAGGAAGCUUCUCGACUGCAAAAGAUUUCGGCAUGGUUUUGGGAGCUCGAUGAAAACCUGGACCCAGCACCUAUUGAGGCCGCUAACGAAGGACAUGAUGUUGAGCAGGUCGUUGAUGACGUCCAAGCGGAAGCUCCUUUCGUUCCAAACCACAAUCGAGAACCAAUCGUAAACCUCUUGCCUCCUGGCCCAGAAGUUCUGCCUCAAGCCCCUGAACUCCCAGAGCAAAAUGCUGUUUUUGGCGUUGACCUCAAUGAUCCCAACGCUGUGGAUGACGCAGAAGAUCUUGACGGAAUUCUAGAGCUCCUUGGGAUGGAGGGUCCAUUGAUCGGCAUGGUUCAGAACAUCGUCUUCAGCCUUUUUCUCAUCACCGUUACACUUUCCGCAAGCAUCUGGUGUCCUUACAUCUGGGGCAAGAUUGCUUUACUGUUCAUUUUGAACCCUGUGGGAAUGCUGGUCAAGGCUCCGCUGUUCGCCUUGUCAAGGGCUGCAGAUAUCGUCGUUGAUGUCAUCUUUUUCGUCAGUGGCCUCGCUGGACUGGUGCUCAAUCCACCGCUUAGACUUCUCAGGACCCUCGGCAUGUCCGUUUUUCCAGCAAUCGGCUCAUUCAUCAACCCUGAGGCUCUGCAGGCCUUUACUCUGGACCUGAGUCAGAAAAGUGGCACACGGCUCGAGAAAACUUUGGCUGGUGCCAUCACAAACUUAAAACCAGACCUUCCAUCGUUCUCGAUGCUAUCACACUACGCCUUGAGGACACUGAGAGCAAAUAUCAAAGAAUUAUUGCGCACCACUGGCACUUUUGUGCUGCAACUUCAGUCAUUCCUCUCUGGUGAUGCGUCAAGCCCGCGGUCCAUCGCGGCGGCUUCUCUUCGAUUUGUGUCCAAUCUCCCGCAUAUCGCAACUACAACUGCGCAUUGGUUUCUCGACUGUGCGUACAAUCUACAAGACUUUGUCAUCAAUUUCAAUGUGGAACCACCUAUGCGGCCCGAUUUCGUGGAUGACGCCCCGGUGGCUUGGAGCACUGAAGACAGAAUUACUACCAUCAUAUUAGGGUACAUCUUCUUCUUGGCUGCUGGUGUUGCUUUCCUGAAGCUGGCUCAUCUUGUGCUUGGACUCCAAGAAAAUGAAAAGGUCGAAGGCUACUUUGCGGACUCGCUGAGGCAGACUGGAGGAGUCAUGAAAGUCAUCGUUAUCAUUGGAAUCGAAAUGCUGGUGUUCCCUCUUUACUGUGGCUUGCUCCUCGACAUUGCUCUGCUGCCACUAUUUGCCGAUGCCACCAUCGCCGGCCGUUUGGCUUUCAUGGCCCGGGCACCAUUCACAGGUAUAUUCAUCCACUGGUUCAUCGGCACCUGCUACAUGUUCCAUUUCGCCCUUUUCGUGUCGGUUUGCAGAAAGAUACUCCGCAAAGGUGUUCUAUACUUCAUACGCGAUCCAGAUGACCCCACUUUUCAUCCAGUGCGGGAUGUUCUGGAACGACCGGUACCGACUCAGUUAGGGAAGAUCGCUUUCUCCGCCCUGGUUUAUGGCGGAUUAGUUAUGGUCUGCUUAGGCGGAGUUAUCUGGACCUUGAAUUCGACGGGCAUCGUUUUCCCUAUCCAAUGGUCGACCGCGGAGCCAAAGCUGUCAUUCCCUAUCGACAUCGUCUUCUACAACUUCAUGCUUCCUUUGUUCCUUCGGAAGACUGAUCCAUCCAAAAAGGUUCAAGCCAUGUAUAAAUGGUGGUUUCGUCAAUGCGCCAGGAAGCUAAGGCUUUCUGCUUUCCUUUUCGGAGAGGAUCGUCCUGAGGAGAAGAUUGAACACCCAGGGAGUAAACUGUCUUUGAUCUUCCAGCUCUUGGCUUCACGCUCAAACACGCCUCGUGAAGGAAAAUAUGUUCGUGCACCAGCUUCUGACUCUGUGCGGAUUCCUCGUGGCCAACAAGUCUUCCUCGACGUCACCGAAGACAACCAACGCCUUGAUAAUGCACCGGACCAUGAUCUCGGCAUCCACGGCAGAAACGAUGAGAGAUUCGUCAAAAUCUACCUUCCCCCCCAUUUUCGAGCGAGAAUCGCUACAUUCAUCCUCCUUCUCUGGGCAUUUGCCGCCACUACCGGUGUUGCCGUCACCAUUGGUCCUCUGCUAUUGGGGCGGAGCAUUCUUCACUGGUUAUCUAGGUCGAACCGUCUUCCGAAUGACCUAUAUGCCUUCACAGUGGGUCUACAUCUGUCUGCAGCAAUGGCAUUUACAGCAUUCUAUGCUCGACAAAGUGCCGCUAAGAUCUCUCUGAACUCCGGGCAUUGGCUCAGCUUCUCUCGAGCGGCGAUUGCCCAGGCUUUCUCUUUUAUGCGAUACCUCCUCGGGCUGGCGUACCUGGCAACUUUUACAAGCGUUGUUCUUCCAGCAGGACUUGCCGUUAUAACGGAGCUCUAUAUUUUGCUUCCGCUAUUCGACUAUAUGAGCUUACGGAAACCUGAUCAGAGCUCCACAAUAAGUAAGGAUUUUGGUGGUCGUACUGCGACCAUUUUUAUCCUCCAGACUUGGACCCUAGGCAUACUGUAUCUGCGCCUUCUACUCCGUCUGUUUCUCACCUAUUUUGCCAGGGAUACACAGGCUGCAAGAGCGAUUCAAGCAAUUGGACGGAAUGGGUACAUGCGGCCAGACGUCAAACUGGCAACCCGGGCUCUCGUGAUCCCGCUGACCGUGAUUUUCACACUCCUCCUCGUGACACCGGUUGGAAUUGCAAGGGUUGCCAUUCUUGUAUCACGAAUACAGGAUGAACAGACCAGAACUCAAGUCUAUCGUGCAGCAUAUCCAGGUCUUCUUGGAUUAUGUGUCCUUUGGUAUGCAUGCUGGUCGGUGAAACAAGUGAUCACGGGGUGGAGAAUCAAAAUUAGGGAUGAAGUAUAUCUGAUUGGCGAGAGGUUGCACAAUUUUCAUGAACCCAAGCCUGAAGUCAAGAUCUUGAGGUUGGGGAAACAGACAUGAAUGAGGUUUGAAGGGUGUCUCGGCAGUGUUGGCCUCUAGUCGAGAAUGGACAUCGGAUACAUAGCGAUUGCGAGUUAUGUUAGAGAAAUCUCCUGGGCGGAAUUAAUAGACGAAACUAUAACUAGGUAGAGAAUUGUGAUAGCGAUAAGAUGUGUC